GUGAGAAUUUCUGAUGAGGAUGAUAAGCCAGGCCAGAGUGAAAGACAAAAAUGUAGUUUCUGUGGUUUCCAGCCCUCCCCGUCUUUCUUCUACUUCUGCGGUUAUAAAAGCAGGGGCUGACAGAAGAAGCUUACCAUGGGCAGCAUCACUGGCAAAAUGCCGGCCCUACUCCUGUGGUUGGUCUUUCUCUUGCCUGCUGAAGCUGGAGCUGGUGAGAUUAUCAGUGGCACUGAGUCCAAGCCACACUCCCGCCCCUACAUGGCCCAUCUGGAAAUCAUCACUGAACAUGGUGAUGUUGCCAGCUGUGGUGGGUUUCUCAUAAGUCAAGAAUUUGUGGUGACAGCUGCUCACUGUCAAGGAAGAAAAAUUACUGUCACUCUUGGAGCUCAUAACGUGAAAGAGGAAGAAUCCACAUGGCAGAAGCUGGAAGUCACAAAACAAAUCAUUCAUCCGAAAUAUAACCCUUUCACCGAUCUCAAUGACAUCAUGUUACUGAAGCUACAAACGAAAGCCAAGCUGACCCAUGCUGUGGGAACAGUGUCCCUGCCCACCAGGUCUACCUUCAUUCAACCUGGGAGAGUGUGUCGGGCCACCGGCUGGGGGAAAACAGGACUGCAAAAGCCAGGAUCAGAUACUCUGAGAGAGGUGAAGCUGAGACUCAUGAAUGCCAAAGCCUGUGAAUACUAUCCAUUUUACAACUAUAACCUGCAAAUCUGUGUGGGCAACCCCCGGAAGAGAAAAUCAGCAUACAAGGGGGACUCUGGGGGCCCCCUUCUGUGUGCUGGGGUGGCCCAAGGUGUUGUGUCAUACGGACGUGUAGAUGCAAAGCCUCCUGCUGUCUUCACUCGAAUCUCCCCAUAUGUGCCCUGGAUUAAUAAAAUCUUAAAGAGGGAGUAGCCACAGAAGCCUGGACAGCCUCAGGGAGAAUCCCAAAGCCGGAGCUCUCCCUAGGUAGCCCCUGGGUUCCAUGGAAGCCUGGCCCCAGCCUGAGCCCAGGGAGGCUCCCACAGGCACACAAAGCCCCUGCUGAUUGUACCCCCAGCAAAGUUCAAUAAAG